GAGCUUAUAUUUAACCUCCUUUUUAAGGUAUUUGUAUUCUGCUGUAAACUGGUUGCGUCGAGUCUCCUAACAUUUGAAUUUCUUCUGUUGACGGUUCAAAAUGAGGCAUUGGGGCUAUGGAAUGGUUUGACACCGUCCUUAUUCACCAUUAUUGAUUUGAUGAUAGCACUCAUGCUCGGCAUCCGCUGUGAAGUCUUAAUAAGAGAAGUGAAAGAAACUAAGCGAUUGGCGAUUCGAGUAAUGUCGAUGCACUUUGAAGGCCGAAUACGAGAAAAAUCUAAAAGGAUGUUAAAGUUGAUUGAAGAAACACCGCUUCGUUUCUCCGUGUACGACAUGUGGCAACUAGACGCAAACAUUCUGUUACAAAUGUUUAUGUUGGUCACAGGACUGGUUGUCACACAGCUUCAGUUUACCUUACUAUAAAAAUAAAUUAAUAAAUCCUCCUACUGGCUGUGCGAAUAAUUUUUGAUUGCAUGGUAACCAAAAUGGCAAGUGCGCGGAUGAGACCUCGGAAAAAUGUAGGAAAAUAUAAUCCGUAAUAAAAACAGUCAUCAUUAUUUGCAGAUAUUUGAAUAUUGUACUGUUACUAAUCGCCAAAAUAAUAUUAUUUUCUAAU